AUGUUCUGUUGUUGGCAAACUCCCGAGGCCGAAUGCCCUCUCGACCGCGAGCGCCAGUACCCUUGGGACCACCAUUACAGUCCAUACCGUAAAGACUACGCGAAACUGGCGCAUAACUUAUAUACGAAAUAUUUGGCCCGGCACAGUGGCUUCAGUCGGAAUACGGUGGUAUCCCCGUUGUGCGCUGAAAUAGCGCUGCUCAUGCUGCAUGCCGGCGCUGACGAUAAGGCAAAAAAGGAGAUUGCCGAAUUGUUGGGUGUGGAUCCGCUGGACCUCACGGAGAGACUGUGCUCUGACCAAUCCAAUCUGAAGAUGACAGAAGACGAGGACUGCGAUCCUGAUCACCCUUAUGGAAAAAAUGAAAACUUCCGUCUGUAUUUGGCCAACGCGAUACUGUUGUCGGAAGGUACUGACUGCGCCCAGGAGUUCGAGAAAUUAAAUAUUAACUCGGAUUUGCUGCCGCUGACGGUCACUACCGACAAGGAAAGCGUUACAGCGUUCAUACGCGAACACACACUGGGACAUGCCCACGACGUAGGACUGUCGCGUUGCGCACCGCAAUAUCCAACACUGAUCAGCACACUGCAUCUCCGCUCCAACUGGUACCGGCCCUUCAAGGGCGAGCGCACCUUUAAGAUGCAGUUUGUCACUCCCGACGGUCGUCGCGUGGAAGUCGACGCGAUACACGGGAUUCGCAAAAUCCCCUGCUGGGUACCCGAGGGGAUGGGCGGAGCCAAAUUCUUGCAAAUGCUUUUUGAAGAAGAUGGUAGUUGGAGCGCACUGUUCGUAAUGCCGGGAGCCGCGCGGCAGACGUGGCGCGGCCCGACAAAACCGCAGACAAUGAGCGAACUGAUUAAUCUUCUGACACCAGCGAGACUGGCUGGGGCUAUUCGGCAAAUGCUCUUCCACAAAGUCAACGAAGUGACGGUACAGAUACCGAAAUUUUUUGUGGAGCGGAAUGUGGAAAUGCAGGAUAUUUUGUGCGAAAUGGGAGUGCGGACGCCGCUGAAAUGCGGCUCUGAUCAACCGGGUUCCAACGUAAACAGUAUAAUGCAGCACAUUAGAUUCGGCAUAGAUGAACGCGGAGUAGGCAACGCGUUGCCCGAAAAAACUACUCGACCGAUCCUGGAUACCAUGGAAAUUUGCGCCGUUUGGCACGCCGAGUUCGUUGCCAAUAAUCCGUUCAUCUUCCUGGUUUAUCACCACUUCACCGGCCAUAUCGCCUACAUGGGACAUAUUGCCGAUCCGGCAGCCAUUUAG